AUGCGAGGGUUGUACCGUAUUUACGGCAUAACAUUCGGAAGGCUAAUUCUGAUUGGUCAACCAUUGGGGCACAUAUGUAUUGCGGUUCUCCGAUACUUUUGUAAAAUUAAUAACCAUGUAAUUUAGAUUUUGUAUUUGAGUCCAUAUUUUUUUUAUUUUUUAAUCUUAUUAUUUAUUUUUUAUGUUUUUAUAGAAAUUUUAGUCUUUUUCUUAUAAAAGGAAAUUACUAUGAUUAUAUAAAAUAUAUUAUAGUUAAUUUUAAUUAAAUUAAUAUGUAAAAAUAUAUAAUAAUUAUUUUUUUAUAUAUUUUUAAAAAUAGAAUAAUUUUAGAUAAAAAACUUAUUGCUAAUAAAUUUUUUAUUUAAUUGUUAAACAUUUAAAAUUUUAUUAGUUUAUUUUCUAUUUAUAAAAUAAAAUUAAUUAAAAAUGGAACGGAUAAUAGAAUAAAAAAUAAUAAAGUCAUAAUGGCUUAAAGGAUUACAAUUAAAAGAUUACGAAGAAUUUAUCCAAAAUUCAUUCUAUUUAGAAAAAUGUAUUUAAUAAAAAAGCAAAUUAAAAGACAUUUAGUAAAUCUAGUUUUAAGAUAAAGAAAUAUCAAGAUUAGAAAUAAUGAGAUAUUCUAAAGAAUAUAUGCAUUAAAUGAAGUAUAUUCAAUAUUUUAAAUGCGAUAGCAUAAAUUUUGAUGAUUUAUUUAAAUAAUCAUUUGAAUUUGAAAAACAUGGAAAAACUUCAAGUUAAAUUUUAAGAAGACAUUGCUGUUUUGAAGUGAUCAUUUAAGAAUAUUAGAUUAGGAAAUAUUAAAAAACUUUAUUUAUUAUUGGAGAAAAACCACAUAUAAUAAGAAAGAAAAACUGGAAAAAUCUUCAAAAGAUUUAAUUUUGUCCUUUAUAAAUAUAGAAUUAGAUGCUAAUUAUGAAUAUAUAAAACCUAUUAUUUAAAUAAGUUUAAAAAAAAUGA